ACUUUUUGCCCGCCCAAGCGAGCCAUAGAACCAUCGCCCAGAGUCGCUGGCCCCUUUAAGAAGACUCGGUCUUCCCCAAUGGGCUCCAGCUGCGCCCGCAGCAAAAGGCAAACUUGCCUGGCUCAUUGGUGAGGGGGGGAAAUGCCGCGUUGGGUGGGAGCGGAGAGAGUGCCAGAGUGCGCUGCGGGCUCCUCUCCCCUACCCCUUUCCUUAACCCUUCCGAGAGCGGGAGCGGAGGAACAGGGUCGUGCUGCAGCACUAAGGAGCCGGGGCGCUGACUGCCCUGGGCUCCCGAAACUUUGCGCGGAGCGUGGGUUUGACUAGGCAGAGCCCAGACAGCUGCGUGGCCUGGGAAGGGACGGGGGAAGGGCGAGGGACAAGAUCGACCCUUCAGCACCCCAGGUCUCUAGCCCCAGCGCCAGAAAGGCGGGGGUGCAGCAGCAGCGGAGGAGCUGUCCCUUCAGCACCACGGACCUACAGCUCGGGCUUUGGGAAGGCGGAGGCGGGGCAACAGGCGGGGAGCUGUCCCUUCAGCACCGCGGACCUUUGCCCUCCGCUGAAACCUCCGGUCCCCGCCCCAGGACUGUCUUUUCUCCAGUUUGAGCGGGGGUGUCAGGAGCAGGCGGAGAGCUUUCCUGGGAGGCUGGGGAAGCAAUGAACACUCUUCUCAGCGACUCGCCUCCCAGCAGUGCUAUUUUUUGCCAUCCGCCCUCACCCCCAGCACACGCGCUCGCACACACACGCACGCACGCACACACACACACACAUAGACCUCACUGGAUUUCUUUGCCUUGAGUCUCCCGGGGCUGUGAAGAGCCAGGCGCAUCUCCAACCGAGCUGGCAGCUCCAGGCUCCAGAGCCAUGCCCUGCACGGACCCUCAUCCUUACCAAGCUCCCGAGGAAUGAAAGGGACCCAGGGACCUUCAGAAGGCAGCAGUGAUGUGGACCAACCCCCUGGAGCCUGCACCCUUUGGAGGGCCAUAGGAGACCCAGGGAACUGGCGAGAGCUCCAGACAGGAAACCUCAGCUUUCCCAAAGUCCCUGUGGAUGCCGACAAAAGGAGAUCCGAAUUUUUGGAAGAGCCUGUCCUAGGUUAUCCAGCUGCAGAGUGAUUUUUCCCCUCUGGCAUUGCACCUCCCUCUCCAACCCCCAGCCGUCCAGAGUACCAUGAAGAAUUAUGAGGAUGUGUGACAGAGGAAUCCAGAUGUUGAUCACCACUGUGGGAGCCUUCGCAGCUUUUAGUCUAAUGACCAUUGCAGUGGGCACGGACUACUGGUUAUAUUCCAGAGGUGUGUGCAGGACUAAAUCUACAAGUGAUAAUGAAACCAGCAGGAAGAAUGAAGAAGUAAUGACCCAUUCGGGGCUGUGGAGGACCUGCUGCCUAGAAGGGGCGUUCCGAGGUGUGUGCAAGAAAAUCGAUCAUUUCCCUGAAGAUGCUGACUACGAACAGGACACGGCUGAAUAUCUCCUGCGGGCUGUGAGGGCCUCCAGCGUCUUCCCCAUCCUCAGUGUCACGCUGCUCUUCUUCGGCGGGCUCUGCGUGGCAGCCAGCGAGUUUCACCGCAGCAGACACAACGUCAUCCUCAGCGCGGGCAUCUUUUUUGUCUCUGCAGGGUUAAGCAACAUCAUCGGCAUCAUAGUUUAUAUCUCAGCCAAUGCUGGAGACCCCGGGCAGCGUGACUCCAAAAAGAGCUACUCCUAUGGCUGGUCCUUUUAUUUCGGAGCCUUCUCUUUUAUCAUUGCGGAAAUUGUGGGCGUGGUUGCCGUGCACAUCUAUAUAGAAAAACAUCAGCAGUUACGUGCCAAAUCCCACUCGGAGCUCCUGAAGAAAUCCACCUUCGCGCGCCUUCCACCCUACAGGUAUCGAUUCCGGAGGCGGUCAAGUUCCCGCUCCACGGAGCCCAGAUCCCGAGACCUGUCCCCCAUCAGCAAAGGCUUCCACACCAUCCCUUCCACCGACAUCUCAAUGUUCACCCUCUCCCGGGACCCCUCCAAGAUCACCAUGGGGACCCUCCUCAACUCCGACCGGGACCAUGCUUUUCUACAGUUCCACAAUUCCACACCCAAAGAGUUCAAAGAGUCAUUGCAUAAUAAUCCGGCCAACAGGCGCACCACGCCCGUCUGAACUGACCUCUGCCCUCUGCCCUCCACCCCGGCUCAGCCCCAGGGGACGUGGGCAGAGGCAGCUCUGAGGUUGCAUGGCAUGGUCCUCGUGAUGGUAUUACUUUUUACAAAGAAUGAAACCAAAUGGACUCGGCCCCCUCUCCCCUACUUUGCCUCGCGCCCAACCCCCAGGUCCCGCCCCUCCGCCCCUGCCCACCUUUUCAAGCCAAUCCCCCCCCCCAUGUCGUUUCUCUCUCUGUGGAUCUGUGCCAGAUGUUCUCCUUUCUUCCUUCUUUACUGGAAGGACCUCCACAUUCUUCCCUCCGUCGAAGAGGACUUGACGCAAAGUCGCAGGUGGUGGCUGGGGUUGGGUCUCGGAAUCCCCAGGUGUGUGCGUCGUGGCCCCCCCAUUGUCCAUCCAUCCAAAUCCUCAGGACACCCACUGCCUGGGUGGCCCUGGGGGGAGGCAUUCACCUUUCUGUGUUAGAAAACCAUGACCAGAAAUCAAAGAUGUCAGAGCCCCAAAGCAGCUAAUGUAAUAAGCACUCAUGUAUUAAAGGUUUUGCCUUGUCGUAA